UCGACGACAGUGUUGUUUCUCUGGUGGAAUCCUCUUCUCUUACCGUUUAGCUUAAGCACGAAGGCUGUUUCUGCUGGAGUAGAGCAUCUUGAAUUUGUGAUGGAUUUGAGGGAGCUAUGGACAAUCUUUGGUCCCGGCUUCGCCGGUGCAGUCUUCGGCGCCGGCUGGUGGUUUUGGGUUGACGCCGUCGUCUGCAGUUCCGUCAAGGUCUCCUUCGUCCAUUAUCUCCCAGGGAUCUUUGCAUCGUUAGCCGCUUUGAUGUUCAACUGCGUCAGAAGAGAAGACAUUGAUUACUCUCCAUACGAAGAGGGAGAGUGGAGAUUGAAGCUUUGGCUUUUCCUAGCAUAUGUUGUAUCGUUUGUGUCUCUAGCAGCAUCUGUGGGCCUACUUGUACAGGAUGCACUUGUGAAAACUGGUCCUUCGACAUGGACAGGCACUGCUGGUGUCUUGCAGUGUGUAUUGGUAUUAAUCAGUGGACUAAUGUACUGGACGUCUCAUUGGGAUUAGGUUGGUGAGACAGACAGCCUUCCAUUUGACAGAGGCAUGUACAUCCUAGAUGUCUAAUUGGCGACAAAGAAAUAUCUCAAUCUGUAAUUCUUCCCGGUGCUUGAGAGGGGUAGUUUCCUGUAAAUGUUUGUGUUCACGUCUUUGUGCCUGUUUGUAAACCCAAUUAUUCAAAUGACCCUGUUGAAAACGACUCACUCUUAUUGAAUUUGACACUUGCGGUGAUUCCUUGUAAAAUUGGAAUUCAAUGGGGGUGCCUUGAAGAUAUUUGAUUGGUCAAGUCA